AUGUUUGACCAUACCGGUGAACUAAGCGGGUUUGUAAAUCACUCACAACACCGCGUGCUAUACAGAAACAAAAUGUAUCCUACUGCGAUGCACCUCCUCGAGGCGAUGAAGUUUACGGAACACCCCAAACUCCAGGAGCGCAUACGAACGUGCACAGAUGUCGGUGACAUGUACCCGUUAUCAGCUAGUUUCCAGGAGCACGUGCGACCAGAUUGGGGUCAGGUAUUCUUGAGGAUUAUGGAAGAUGUUCUGUAUAUCAAAUUCAAGCAACAUCCCAAUCUUCGGACCUUGCUUUUGCGCACGGGCCUGGCUGAUAUUGUGUAUGCUGAUAUUAAUGACACGUACUGGGGUCAUGGCCCUUCAGGUGAUGGUGCCAACGAACUUGGGAAGGCCUUGGUGCGCGUACGGGAUAGACUUCGUGCGGAAGGGGAAAGAUAG